CGUGACUUGCGAUUUGAAGCAUCACCACCUCCUCAUUGCGACGACUGCUCGUCAACUGCUUGUUCUCCGUACCAACCCAUCAAUUGCUCUCUCCGAACCUCUCCUGUCCAGAGAGCACAACCUCCCCUCACAAUGCCUACCCCUGAGUCCGAGGCGUUCCUUGCGAAAAAGCCAAAGGUUCCUCCGACCUUCGACGGAGUUGACUACGACGAUACACCUCGAUUGAAACAAGCACAAGACGCGAUUAUACGAGAGCAAUGGGUCAAGAGCAUGAUGGCGAGAUUAGUCAGAGAGGAACUAGGGAAGUGCUAUUACCGAGAAGGGGUGAACCAUUUGGAGAAGUGCGGAGCCCUAAGAGAGCGUUACUUUGAGCUAUUGAAGGAGUCGAAGGUCAAGGGAUAUCUGUUUCAGCAACAAAACUACGUGCCGAAGGAAUAGGUGGACGAUGUCUGGCAGUAGACUACAGUCCGUGGCCAGAGUUGUAACUUAGAUGAUCAUCUUUGAAAGCCGAAGAUGUGGACUGGAGCUUGGGGAUCACUGCUCGAGCUGGAUGUUGGCAUCCUCCUCUGCCCACUCAUGAAUCGUACGAUUGGAGCUCAGCAGUACUUCAAUUCUGUACAAUUGUAAAUAGGAUAUAUUGUGCAAACAUCGAUUGUCCAUCCAU